UUGAACAUGUGUAACAGCGGGUUUAUCUUGUUACUCUACUGUGCUUGUGCUUUUUGUGAUAACGCUACCAAUUCAGCAUCUAACCAUGAGGAAUCUUAUGCAUCUAACAAUGUUAAAAAACCAGUGGAACACGAAAAUGUCAUUGUGAUCAGCAAGAAUAAGUGCAGCGGCAAUCUAGCGUUGCACGAGGGCAAUACUUGGGUCCUCGUGAAAGCGGAUUUCCCCGUCGACAUAGCCAAGUGUUGGCACGCACAAGAGGCUAAGACUGAAUUUUCCAGAGAUAAUGGAAUAGCGAAGGUAACAUUUCCCCAGCACCACACAAUGUUGAUCUUUAUGGAAAACAUUGACAGCUCGUUCGCGGGUUCGUGGAACUGUCUGUUUCAGGCUCAGAACAACAGCCUCAGCCAACCAGUUUCCUGUUCCAUCAAAAUCGAAGUUCGAGCAGGUACAUAUCAAUCUGCAAGUGCAUCCUUACUGGAGAUUAUCCAGUCUUCAAAACAAAGCACAGACAAAUGGAUGUGGGUAGGAAUAUUAAUUGGAAUAGCCAUAACCUUCAGCGUUGCUCUGGUGGCCGUGUUCAUCUAUUACAAACGAAAAGUGGACCGGUGCGUAUGUGACAGUGGUAAUGCCAAUCGUUCGGACCGCCCGUCGCUAGCCAUUCCAGAACAAACAGAUGACUAUGAGCGCGCUUCUAUCACCUCGGCAACCUCGGACAGUGUAUACGAAGGCGUGUGUCCGGCCCUGGCUGUACCCCAAAGAGGACCAAAAGUUAUAAACAUCAGGAGGCCAUAUUAACUCCCCAAUUCGUCUUCAAUUUUCUCACACUUGGUCUAAAGUUAACUGGAAGAAAU